UUCGACUAUACAGUCUCUAGCACCUGUUAUCCUUGACAAUGUUUCAUCCUUGGAUAAUAUUCCUCCUCGCCCUCUUCGGCACCCUCAUCGAAGCCUCCCGGUGUAAUAUCACCUCAACUCACCAACAUCAACAUCGUCUAUUCAUCCUCAGCGACAUCGCCAAUGAACCAGACGACGCACAGUCUCUCGUCCGACUCCUGGUCUACUCCAACGAAUUCCACAUCAAAGGACUAGUAGCCACAACCAGCUUCUGGCAAAACGACACCACGCGUCCUGACCAAAUGCACAACAUCGUAGACGCAUAUGCCCAAGUUCUGCCCAAUCUGAAGAAACACGCCGCUGGAUAUCCAAAUGCGAGCCAUCUACAUUCGCUGAUCAAAUCAGGCUCAACACGCUACGGCCAAGCAGGCGUGGGAGAAGCACAGGACAGCGACGGAUCAAAUCUGCUCAUCCAGGCCGUCGACGCAUCAGAUAAACCACUCUGGGUUCUCGCAUGGGGAGGCGCGAAUACCCUCGCCCAGGCACUCUGGUACGUCCAGAACACCCGAACCACCCGUGAAACCGACAACUUCGUCUCCAAGUUACGCGCCUACGCCAUCUCCGAUCAGGAUAACAGUGGGCCGUGGAUUCGACGGACCUGGCCGGCGCUGUUCUACAUUGCCAGUGUGCAUCAUUUCAACCGAUAUGCCCAUGCGGCCUGGGGAGGGAUAUCAGGGGACAAGUAUUACCAUUUCCCCAGUGCUGCAGAUGAAGAUGUUAUUUCCGCCGCCUGGCUCAAGGAGAAUAUCCAAAUCGGUCCGUUGGGUGCGAAAUACCCAGAUGCCGACUUUAUCGUCGAGGGCGAUACCCCCUCCCUCCUCUACAUGAUCCCGAACGGUCUUUCAGACCCCCAGCAACCUGAAUGGGGAUCGUGGGGAGGAAGAUACGGACCCGUCGCAUGGGGCGAAGGCCACUUCGCAGAUAGCAUCGACACGAUCCUCGACGGCGAACGAACCAUAAUGAGUUCACAGGGAACAAUCUGGCGAUGGCGACGAGCGUUUCAGAACGACUUCAAAGCCCGAAUGCAAUGGACGAUCCAGUCUGAAUACAAAAACGCAAAUCACGCACCGCUCGCGGUGGUGAAUGGUGACUCGACCCGUGAUGUCUUGGAAUAUGUCGUGCAGGCGGACCAAGAAGUCAUCCUCGAUGCAUCUACUUCGUGUGAUCCAGAUGGCGAUGGUGUCUCUUUUAAAUGGUGGCAGUACCUAGAGCCGAGUUCGAAUUUGAAUUCGCCACGACGGGAUGUUCCGGUGUUGGAAUUGGGCGAGACGAAUUCUACUAGAUUGGUUGUGAGGAUGCCAUCUGCUGAUGUUCUGGGCAGGUCAGGGCGAGGAGUCGAUCCGGCUGCAGACAAGCAUUUGCAUGUUAUUUUGGAGGUCUCGGAUGGGGAAUUGGUUGCGUAUCGCCGCGUGAUUCUCACCACUAAGGGAUUUGCAUGAGGACGUGAUGAAUAUAUUACAGUCAACUUCAAUUUAAAUCAGCUUAAUCUAGCUUCUAUUAUCUGCAAAUCUGAAUGCUAUAUGCCAUAAUC